CGGCUCGGCGCUGACUCCGCCGCACGCUGCAGCCGCGGCUGGAAGAUGGCGGGGAACGACUGCGGCGCGCUGCUGGACGAAGAGCUCUCCUCCUUCUUCCUCAACUAUCUCGCCGACACGCAGGGUGGGGGGUCUGGGGAGGAGCAACUCUGCGCUGACUUUCCGGAGCUCGACCUCUCCCAGCUGGACGCCAGCGACUUUGACUCCGCUACCUGCUUUGAGGAGCUGCAGUGGUACCCAGAGAACUCCGAGACUGAACCCAGCCAGUACAGCCCCGACGACUCGGAGCUCUUCCAGAUAAUCGACGGUGAGAAUGAGGCCCUCCUGGCAGCGCUCACGAAGACCCUGGAUGACAUCCCCGAAGAUGACGUGGGUCUGGCCGCCUUCCCAGCCCUGGAUGAUGGAGACGCACCUUCCUGCACUUCUGCUUCUCCUACCCCUUCACCUGCGCCCCCCAGCCCCUCCCUGGAGAGGCCCCUCGCCCCAGCCCCUGAGGUGGACGAGCUCUCGCUGCUGCAGAAACUCCUCCUCGCCACAUCGUACCCAACCUCAGCCUCCGACACCCAGAAGGAAGGGACCAUCUGGCGCCAGGCAAGCCUCAGGUCCAAAAGUCAGCGGCCUUGUGUCAAGAUGGACAGCACCCAAGACAAGAAGACCCCCACGCCACAGUCUCAGAGCCGGAGUUGCUCAGAACUGCAUAAGCACCUCACCUCGGUGCCAUCCUGUCUCCGGGCUAAAGCCCGCUCCCCAGAUCGAGGUCUGUGGCCAUCACUACCCCUGAGUCCCCGGCUUCCUGCCAAAGAGGAUGAGGAGGUGGGCGAAGACUGCUUGAGCCCCCAGCUGGCUCCAGCCUCUCCCAGGGACUCCCCAGCACCAGGCAGGGCUGGCCUCGGCACCCAGGUUUCCCAGGAGGACAUGCAGGCCAUGGUGCAGCUCAUUCGCUACAUGCACACCUACUGCCUCCCCCAGAGGAAGCUGCCCGCACAGGCCCCAGAGCCAGCCCCCCAGCCCUGCAGCAGCCCCUCCAAGCAGGUCAGACCCCGGCCUCGGCCCCAGCACCCUUCCAAAGCCACCUGGGCUGAGUUCUCUAUCCUGAGGGAACUUCUGGCUCAAGAUGUCCUCUGUGAUGUCAGCAAACCCUACCGCCUGGCCACACCUGUCUACGCCUCCCUCACGCCCCGGCCACGGCCCAGGCCCAAAGACAGCCAGGCCUCCCCAGGCCACCCAUCCCCUGUGGAGAAGGUGAGGGUCUCGGCUUCUCCCAAGAGCUCGGGGCCCAGACCCAGCUUGCGCCCGCUGCGGCUGGAAGUGAAAGGGCACAUCGGCCGGUCGACCAGGCUGCAGCCAGAGGAGGAAGAGGAGGAGGAAGAGGAGGAGGAGGAAGAAGAAAAAGAGGAGGAGGAGGAGGAGUGGGGCCAGAAAAGGCUAGGCCGAGGCCUGCCGUGGACCAAGCUGGGGAAGAAGCAGGAGAGCUCUGUGUGCCCUGUGCGGCGUUCAAGGAGACUGAACCCUGAGCUGGGCCCCUGGCUCACGUUCACCGAUGAGCCGCUGGUCCCUGAGGAGCCCCGAGGGGCUCUGCCCUCACUGUGUCUGGCUCCCAAGGACAUGGACAGGGAGCUGGGCAGCCCCACGGAUGAGGACAGUGGCCAAGACCAGCAGCUUCUACGGGGACCCCAGAUCCCAGCUCUGGAGAGCCCCUGUGAGAGCGGGUGUGGGGACACGGAUGAGGACCCCAGCUGCCCGCGGAUCCCUUCCAGAGACUCUCCCCGGUGCCUCAUGCUGGCCUUGUCACAAAGCCCCACCGGUGACCCCCCUUUUGGCAAGAAGAGUUUCGAGCAGACCUUGACGGUGGAGCUCUGUGGCACGGCAGGACUCACGCCACCCACCACACCUCCGUACAAGCCCACAGAGGAGGACCCCUUCAAGCCGGACAUCAAGCGCAGCCCAGGCAAAGACAUAGCUCCCAGCCGCCUCGCCCCAGAGGGCCUCCAGCUUGGGGCCGUCACAGGGGCCGCCCACAAGCUGCCAAAGAAGCAUCCAGAGCGGAGCGAGCUCCUGUCCCACCUGCAGCAUGCCACAGCCCAGCCAGCCUCCCAGGCUGGUCAGAAGCGCCCCUUCUCCUGUUCCUUUGGAGACCACGACUACUGCCAGGUGCUCAAGCCGGAAGGCGCCCUGCAGAGGAAGGUGCUGAGGUCCUGGGAGCCGUCUGGGGUCCACCUUGAGGACUGGCCCCAGCGAGGUGCCCCACGGGCUGAGGCACAGGCCUCUGACAGGGUGGAAGACAGAAGCUGUGACGUCAGUGCCCCCAGCAGGGACAGUACGCUGCUGAGAGACCACGAGAUCCGCGCCAGCCUCACCAAGCACUUUGGGCUCCUGGAGACAGCCUUGGAGGACGAAGACUUGGCCUCCUGCAAGAGCCCUGAAUAUGACACUGUCUUUGAGGACAGCAGUAGCAGCAGUGGCGAGAGCAGCUUCCUCCUGGAGGAAGAGGACGACGAGGAGGAGGAUGACGAUGAAGAAGAGGACUCAGGGGUCAGUCCCCCUCGCUCUGAGCACUGCCCCUACCAGAGCCCACCAAGCAAGGCCAGUCAGCAGCUCUGUUCCCGCAGCCGCUCCAGCUCCGGCUCCUCAUCCUGCCGCUCCCGGUCACCAGCCACACGAAGGACCUUCAGAUGUGGGAGCAGAGGGUCGUGUUCAGACGGAACGCCAAGCGUCCGGCACGCCAGGAAGCGGCGGGAAAAGGCCAUUGGCGAAGGCCGCGUGGUGUAUAUUCGAAAUCUCUCCAGCGACAUGAGCUCCCACGAGCUGAAGAGACGCUUCGAAGUGUUUGGCGAGAUUGUGGAGUGCCAGGUGCUGACGAGAAGCAAGAGAGGCGACAAGUGCGGCUUCAUCACCUACCGGUGUUCCGAGCACGCCGCCCUCUCCCUGCGGGACGGCGCCGCCCUGCGGACGCGCGGCGAGCCGUCCUUCCAGCUGAGCUGCGGGGCGCUCCCGCACUUCUGCUGGCCCCGCCACGCCGACUACGAUUCUAAUUCAGAAGAGGCCCUGCCUGCGUCAGUGAAAACCAAGUAUGAAGCCAUGGAUUUUGACAGCUUACUGAAGGAGGCCCAGCAGAGCCUGCACUGAUAACAGCCUUAACCUUCGAGGAAUACCUCAAUACCUCAGACAAGGCCCUUCCAAUAUGUUUACGUUUUCAAAGAAAUUAAGUAUAUGAGAAGGAGAGAGAGCGCGCGUGAGAGAGAGAAAGAGAGAGACUCGGAACUGCUGUCCUUUUUUAAAAAAAAAAAAUCAAUGUUUACAUUGAACAAAGCUGCUUCUGUCUGUGAGUUUCCAUGGUGUUGACGUUCCACUGCCACGUUAGUGUCCUCGCUUCCUACGGGUUGUCCUGGCUGGGCUCCAGACGCGGGGUCCGUCACCCACCUCCCCUUCCUCCCCGACCGACGUCCCCUUGUAGACGUGCAGCUGUGUUCACCAUAACAUUUCUUGUCUGUAGUGUGUGAUGAUGAAAUUGUUACUCGUGAAUAGAAUCAGGAUUAUAAACUCAUUUCUAAUUGAAGAAAAAAAAGUAUAUCUUUAAAAUAACGUAUUUAUGGCUCAGAUGUACUGUACCUGGGAUUAUUGUAUCGCUUCCUUGGUUUUUUAACUAUGCACUGUUGUGAGGUGUUUGCCACUGAGCUGCACUGCUCCCUUUGCCAGAGUGCCCCAGAGGUGCUGGGUAGCCGGAAGGCUGGUGGCCGGGGAGGCGCGGCGUGCAGCCACGACCAGGAGCAGUGCAGAGAGGUUUCCUGCCUCUUCUGCCAAGCCCUGCCUUGUCUGUCACAGAGCAAGUUUGGGUCCAUUUCUAAUCAGAGCCCUUAUCUGGUGCCCAGCUCAAACUUUAGAGUUUAUGCCUGGCUGUUCAUGUUUGGAUGCUCUCGGACCUUGGAAGGAAGGUGUAUUAUUCCUGUUUUCCAGGCGAGGCAGAGAGUACCCCAAGAGGCAGUGACUUGCCCAAGGUCCCACGGCCAGUGAGACUACAGAGCAGCAGUCCAGCCCAGGCUUCCUGACUCCUGGUCCCAUUCUCCUGCAGUACCUGGGGUCACGAGGCGAAGUUGUAGGGACCAGUAGCAGUGGGUUCAGCUAAAAUGGACAACAGGCUAGACGCGUAUGGGCUCAUUUGGGGGGUAAGUCAACAGCUGACUUACCAGCAUUGGGUGAGUUCAGGCUCUGGCACCAGUCUUGACCCAAGGGAUCAUGUGAUUUGCCUACACCUGUGGACACACCAUCAGAGCUUCAGUGACACACCUGGAGUGACAUGGAGAGGUGAUCUGGGAGCAUCAUCCUUUUUGGGCCAGCCAUCAACCCAUCCCUGCUCCUUCAUCUUGACUUCCCUUUUCCUCACCUAUAAAGCUGUUUUGGUGGCAUGCGGCAGGGGGGCAGGAAGUGGGUGUGAGAGAUGGGGAUGGAUAAGACAAUCUCUAAGCUCCUUUCUGACUUAGAAAACAUUCUCAUUGGGCUUUACUUUAACAUUGUGAUCUUGACUGAUGUCAAAGCCACGUCCAGCUUGGAUGUUCUGCGGGUGCCUUGAGGGCCAUUCAUGAGGGAGAGCAUGGCCAGGCAGGGUAAGAGCACACUGCUUCUGCUUCAGACAGAGCAGCUCCAACUUGAUUUCUUUCACACAUCAGGGUUCCUUGGGAAAUUUUUGUAUUUAAGAGAAAAGAAAGGGAAAGGAAAGAAAAAAGGUUCUGCUGCUUUAAAGAAAAAGUUUGAACUUGACUCAUUAAACAGGCUGAUUUAAUAUAUUAAUGCCAGGCCUACUUCUUUGAGAAUUGGUAGUUAUGGUUUUUUUGAGGGGUUUCUUUUUAUUUUUUAUUUUUUUUAUUUUUUUAUCUUUUAAAGAUUAUCAAAUACCUCAGCAGGUUAACUGGGGUGAUGAACCUCUCCUGAGAGGUAAGCAUACUCCAAGCCCAUGGAGAAGGCUGGAGGAGACAGGCAUUACAGGCAUUAGAAGGAACAGGGAAUUUGAGCUCCUAUGUUUCAAGUUAUUUGCCCUCUCUGGGCCCCAAUUUUCUUUUCUAUGAAAUGGACUGUGGGGGAGAAUUAGGCGAGCUAAUCUCUAAGGUCCCUGCCAGCUCUGAUAGUCUUAGCUUCUGCUGAGGUGGUAUCUAGCUCAAGAUGGCAAAUACAUGGCACAUGUGCCACUACUCCCACAUCCUUGGCCAGUGGCAGGCAUAACCAAUCGAUCACAGCACUCAUGUUCUUUGAGCUUGCUCAUGCUAUUACAAUCCUCAACACAGUGCUCUGAGCAGCCAUUAGUAAUUGAUUAGAGUUUGACACCCUGGUCUAAUCUUUGAAAGGUUUCUGUCAUACAGAACCAGAUGGUGUCUGGGUUUCAUUCUGGCCCAUCCCUGUCUGUCAUGUCCUGAUCUAUGAGAAAAAAGUUGCCCUAAAGCCAUUCCUUGGCACAAGACUCCCAGUACUGCUGUGACACACAAUCCCACUUGGGGGUGGGGGCCAAGUGGAAGAGUGGACAUGAACAUGCCUGGCGAAGGCAGGGCUUAUAAGGAUGGACCAAAAAGGGGACUUUCCACAGCACAGACCUGAACAUUCUAAAUUCCUUUUAUAGCUAUUCACUGCCUAGCACACUGUAGGCAUACAAUAAGUGGUUAUGGAAUUGAAUGGCAUGGAAUAGAAUUUAAAUCCAUCUGAUGCCUCCCCUAAGUCCUGAUUUGCACCAAGUAAACUGAGAGUUCAUCCUGUGGAAACCAAUAGGAAAGAACUCUACAUUCAGAAUCUGGAGAGCUGUGUUGAGUCCUGGCUCCGCCAAGAACUAACUCUGUGACUUUGGUAAGUCACAGAGUCCCUCCCUCUCCUGGAGCCUCGGUGUGCUAGAAGGAGUUGGACUAGAUGGUCUCUAACCCCUCCUAUUUGCUUCUUCCUUGAUUGCACUAGGGCAGAGAUUCAACCAGGGGCAGAUGGUACUUUACAGUAAAGAAAUGCAGGCUUUUAGUGAAGAUGGGUCUCUCUCUCUUGGGUCAGCUGAAGCUCCCCUUUCAGUUCACAUAAGUACAGGGCACAUAAAAGUAGUUAGACACUGGCCCUUGAGCAGAGCAGAGAUCUGAGCAUAGCACUGGGACAUGAUGCCUAAGAUCAGGGUUGGGGCACACUAAUGGAAGAGGAUGCCUGCCAAGGGCGUCAAGCAGUUUCUGCUCACCGUCCCGUAUAUGAAAGGCUACAAGUUCUGAAAUUGACCAACCCUGCAGACAACCUCUAUCUGGAAGACUCAUUCGGUGCUGUGUAUUAUUUAUGAAGGAGACUCCAAGGUCUCUCCAGGAAAACUAGUCAACCUUGGUCUCUUUCUCAUCAAAUUGAGGAGUAACCCAGAGGGAGCAGCUGCCAUUGGCAACCAUCUCAUUGUAGCUCUGUCCUAGUAUUUGAUCUCGGUCAUGUUUACAUGUGAUUGCCAUAAAAGCUUACUGUAGACUGUGUUGGUAGCCACCCACACAAGGCAGGUUGUACUGUCCAUCUCUGUGCUGUGCUGGUGUUUUCCAAAUAUGUCCGAUCCAACGGCUAAGUGGAAUUCUUCCAUCUCCUUCCUCAGUCGGUAUAAGGCUGAAUCAGAACCCUCACUCUUGGGGGCUCUGGUUACCGAAGGAAAAUGCAUCAAAGACGUAAAGAAUAUGAGUGGAUGGAGUGCAGCUAAGGCCCCCACCUCCUUACCCACACCACACCUUGCCCCCUAACCGGAACACCGCUUUGAGACACUAUGCACCAGUCAAAUGUCUGCAUCUGCUGUGAGCUCUCACAGCCUUGCAUGGUGAAUGUGCCCAGGAGAGAGGGCUCUGGGGGCUCUUGGGGCAGGAGGAGGAGGGGAGGAAUGCUCUGAGCUGCAAAGACUCGGUACCAGGUCCUGAUGUGGGAAGAGAUGCAAUAAGAAGUCUUUCUUGCGUAAAACUUGUGAUCGUGGCUGUUUGCAGAGCGGUUUCUUCUAGGUGUAUGCAGUGUGCAUGCUGAGGGGUAGGGAAGGCAUGGCAGUGCGGCCCUUCCACGUGGGCUGGUUGGAACCCCAUCCCAGGCCUCAGACUGAGUUGAAAUCACUGCAGCUUGAGAGAUGAGGCAUCCCAACUGUGAAGCAGAAUCAACCCUAAGGGACUUGUUGGUAUGACUCACUGAUGUCAAAACUUCAGUAUUUUCUUAGCAUUUGAGACUUAGCAGUUGUCCUCAGAUAUGACCAACCAAGGAAAUUGGAUGUGCAGUAGCAAAUAAAGUGAACCUAAUGGUUUCAAUGGCCAAAGAAGAGGGAUCCUUCCCAUUGGGGCAGAAAGAAACCGGUUAGUGCUUACAUGCAGUGUGUUCAAGUUGGUCCUCAAGUCCCCGAGACAUUUGCACACAUAGAGUGGCUCCAGGGCUGUUCGCUGAGCUCACAGUUACAGGUAAAUGGAGGGAGAGCUCAGGAGCUGAGAGACCCUUGUGCAUAGAGAUGCGCUUGGCCCAAAACAGAUGUGGGGUGGGGCACCCCGGGAGCCGGCUGCUGAACGUCCAGGCAGUAGGCAGCGGCAGACUUUGCACUGAACCAAUAAAAGCACUUUGAGAAAACCACAACACUUCAGCCUGGCUCCGUGUUUCUGUGCUGGCAAAUAUGGGUCUCCUUGGGCUGUGUGACAUGCUGUCCUGGGAAUCAGGAUGGGAGUUGGGAAAGGGGCUGGUGGGAGGGAGGAGAGAGCAGCAGGAGAGCCCAUCCUAGGGCCAGCCCCUUGCUGGCCUGUUCAUUGGAGGCCCUAGAACCAGAACGGUGCUUUUAGAUCUUGGUACCUAUUAAAAAAAAAAAAAAAAAAGAAAAGAAAACAGCACAGCCAGUUGAAAUGGGUUUGCAGAGCAAGUCAUUCAUCUAUAAGCCAUUUCAAAGUGAGAAACUCAGAGUUUCUUACUUGCGAUGUGAUCUUGGGCCUCUGUUUCCUCAUCUAGCAGAUGGGAAUAUUGGAUGGGAUGCAACUAAAGUCCCUUUCACCUCUGAUAGGUUCAGAUUCUCAUCCUGGAGUAUCGGGAGUCCAUCACUAACCUGUGAGUCCAGUUCCGUUCUCUGGCUGCGCCCAGUUCAUAGGCAGAGAGUGCUCUGCAGCACAGCCAACUGGCAGGAGAUUCACACCCACGUGGUCCUGGCCGCGUCACCUUAUACGAGGUUAGCUCCCCAGGACAAAUCUAAGCCAUAGUUUGCGGCGGGGAUGGUGAGCUGUUCAGCCCCCGCUUGGCUGGGGGGCGAUGUCAGAUCUCACUUUAGCCUUGCGAUGGUCCCCACCGAACAGCUUUCAAUUCCAAUGUUGUGACCACUUGGCUGUUUCUCUCUUGCUCUCAGACAAUACUAGCAAUACACUUGUUUUUUCAAAAUAGCUUAACUUAAGCACUUUUCACACGUUUCUUUCAAAUGAUUGUAAAACAUAUGGGGCAACAGGAGGCGUGGAUCACACUGCAUAUGUUUAGGGCAGCUUUUGUUUUUGUUUUAAUGGUACAGCAGUGGUGAUUGAGGCUUGGAGAUUCGGGGGACGGGGAGGGGGUAGAUUUUCAGAUACUCUGUUUAAUCAGAAUGCCUCGCACGUGCGGAAGCAGCUUCAACUGCCCAAACUGGGGACUCGGAAAAUAGGGUUUUGUAGCUGCUCAGUCCCUGGGCUGUGCAAGCCCUCAGAGGUGUUUAUGUAGCCAGAACUGUAUGUUUUGUCCAAGGAUCCUCCAAGGAAGCCAAUAAAGCCUCCCUUUUCACUUUGCCAGCCUUGCUCGUGGGUGACACUUUGAAGGGAUUGGUCAGCUUCCACCUCAGCAUUUUGCCUUAUCAAUGUCUCGUCGCCAUCUAGUGGCCAAAGACUGUAUCCACCAGCUACCCAGAUGGAAGGCAAAUAAAUCCUUUCCACCACUUUGCUGUCUAACACCAACUUUGGGAAUGAAAUGCAAGGGCAUGAGCAAACUGUCUAUGUGUUUAGAGCCCCAUGGAACACCAGUCAGAGGCCCCAGAAGCAGCUGCUUAGUAGGCCCUUGUGCAGACUGAGAAGUACACUGGCUCCCCGUGGGCAGCGGAGACAGGAGUGGACCUGUGCCCGGGUGCCCGGGAGGGGUUUACUGUAACUGCAAUACUGGCAGCCCAGCUGCCGACCCUGUUAAGUGAACCUCUGCUAGGAGGCCCCCCACUGGACCCUCGGGACAAGCAAAGGGGUUGGGUAUGAGGGUUCUGUGGUCGGGGGACCUGGCCAUGGCCUUUGAUAUGGUCCACCAAAUAGCCAAACAGGUUUUUUCUUCGUUUGUUUUUGUAUUUUGUAUUUAAAAAUCUUGUCAAGUGUUUUUAUGUUAGGAAUAAAAAGUCAUAAACUACUCCCAACUUUGUUUCUUGAGGGAUGUUCUGAUUCCCAUGGAAACAGGUUGGAAAUCUCAAGGGGUGUGCGGUCAGGGUGGUCAGUGGACCAGGGAAGUGGACCACUUGAAUUUCCAGAUGGUUUCUGGGGAAGAUGACCGUCCGGAAGUCCGGCUCUGUGCAGUCUGCUCCGGAAAUUCACACCCACCCCCUUCACCUCCUGUGCCGCGGUAUUAGCAUUGGCUUGGAGCACCUGCUUCUUCCUGAGGCAGCUGCUAAUGUUGAAACCAACGCAAGAUUCCUCUCCCCGACCCCAGGUUUCUAAAGAAACAGUGUCUGUAGCUAGCCUUAAUUGACUGGGCAAGGUGGUCCCUAUGGUCCCUUCCAGCAUUUCCAAAUCUUGGACUCAAAUCCUUUUCUCUUGGUGUGACCAUGCAGCCUAGAGAAUCCUGAGCAAUAGGAAGCCAGGGCUUUCCCCGGCUCUGUGACAGGGUCAAACCAGGGAAUGGCUAACCUUGUGAGGUUUGGGCAUCCCCAGGGGUACUACCGUAGGGGGCAUUAUUAGGAAGCUCAACAAGGUAACUACAGCCUGGGGUGCGUGAGUGCAAGGCUGUGUGUGUGUGUAUGUGUGUGUGUGUGUGUCUCUGCACGUGUGCACGCCUGUGUUUGUGUGUAUGUGUGGAUUUACAUUGAUGCAUUUCUUGAGAAAGGUGCAAGAAUUUCACCUACACAGAGGGACACAUCUGCUUUGUUAUUUAUAAUAGAAAGCUAAAUUUUAAUUUUUUAAAGGACACUGCUAAUGAUGAGAAUCGAGUUUUUAGUUUUGCUAUUUUUUUUAAUUGGUAGAGGAUUUUUAUAUAUUUUUUCCAUUUUGUUGGGUUGUGUCCUUAUUUAUAUAAAUACUUUAUCUGUGAGAGGCAAGGAAGAAAACUUCUUUGCUUUUAAUUAUUGUGGUUGUCAUUGUCCCUAUUUUAUUUCUGGUGUGAUUUAUCUGUCUUACCUUCUAAAUGAGAAAAUGUUUUCCUGUAUUUGUACAUUGUCAGAUUCUAUAGUUUCAUAGAUAAUUUAACCAAAUUGCUCUAUGUAUUAUUAUUCCAUGAGUAUAAAGUUCUAUUUUAACGUCUGUAAAUACUUCAGAACUGGCUUCUUUUCUCAGACUCCCACUGUGGAGUUAUUGUUUACAUCACAAAAACUGUAGAAUCUCUAUGCUCAUGUACUGUAAAUAGUGAAGUGAUCUGCUUAUAAAUAAACUUAACAAAUACACUAUGGAGAUUAAAAAGGAAGUAACCACACACA